AUGGAAGACGAGCUAACCGAGUCCCUCAUCUUCUGGACCCUCGGCCUCCCCACCGCGACGAGUUUCCGCAUGUUCCUCUCCGCAGCCGCGUCCCUCGACGCCACAGUCGUACACAGCUACGCGCUGGUCACCAUCACGCUGAUCCCCUACUUCGCCUCGCGGGGCUGGUACAUGGACGGCCGCGGCAUGCUCGGCGAGCUGCUGCGCCCGCUGACGAGGGGCACCGGCGACCGUCUGGAAAGGGCCGUCAUGUUUGCGCGCGUCUGGUUGGCGGUGGCGUGGGUCAAUCUGGCGGUGGCGCGGUUUAUGGUGGAUUUGAGGCUGGUGCUGGUUGCGUCAAAGGUCUCGUGUGUGUUGUUUAUCCUGUGA